CAGCAGUCCAGAAUCCUAACCAACACUCCAGCAGCUGCGAUUCAUCGAUCGAUGGCGCCCAUCGCCCACGACGACUACGUCUCCCUCUGCCUCAUGGCGCUCGCCGCCGCGGGGGCCGGAGGAGGCCAGGCUGCUGCGGCUGCCAUGGCGACGACGGCGCGGCGGAACACGACGGCUGCUUGCUGGACGGCGGCGGCGGCCCAGCAGGAGUGCGAGCUCCGCUUCCGGUGCUCCGUCUGCGGCAAGCAGUUCGCGUCGCACCAGGCGCUGGGCGGGCACAAGGCCAGCCACCGGAAGCCGCCGCCGCCGCGGGCCCUGCUGCAGGCGUCGUCGUCGUCGGGCUCGGGGGGGAGGCACCGGUGCUCGGUGUGCCACCGGGGCUUCGCCACGGGGCAGGCGCUCGGCGGGCACAAGCGGUGCCACUACUGGGACGGGCUGUCGGUGUCGGUCACGGCGUCCGCGUCGGGGUCCGGGUCCAGCAUCAAGGACUUUGAUCUCAACUUGAUGCCGGCGGCGCGAAGGUGGGGAGAGGAGGAAGAGGUGCAGAGCCCCUUGCCGCCCAAGAAGAGGCGGCUGUCGCCGGGUCCUUCCCUGGACCUGGACCUUAGUUUAACGAUUUAGUUAGCAUAUAUAUACACAUGUUGAGUUUUUUGAAGGCGUAGUUUGAGAUAACCUCAUUCGUUGAUUGUUUAGUUGUAGCACUAGCUAGCUUCGUGUCGUGGUGAAUAAAAUUGGAUUUGU